UUCAAAAAUGAAGGAGAAACAGAGAAAAUAGAAAAUAAUUUAAGAAAACAAACUGAUAUCGUUAAAAAAGAUUUUGAAGAAAAAUUAGAUGAAGAAAUGAAAAAAACUUUGACGAAAGAUGAUGAAUUUAAAAGAAAAACUUGGGAAAGAAUUAUGGAUUUGGCUACUAAACGUUUAAAUUUAAAAAAAUAUUUGACGAGAAUGGCUAAGGAAACCAAAGAUUUUGUAAAAAUUUUGGACAAAAAUAAGAAAAAAUUGGAUAAACAAAAAUUAGUUUUAAAGGAUGUUAAAAAGAUAGAAGAGUUUAGAAAGAAGGUAAGAAUAAAUUUUAAAUAA